AUGGCGUCCUCGCGCCGCGCCUUGCCCGUGGCGACCCUGGCCCUCCGGGUCCUCGCGCUGCUCCUCCUCGCGGCCUCCAUCAUCAUCAUCGCCACCGCUGAACUCCAGGACAGCAUCUUCGAGCCGCAAGGCAUCAUCACGUUCAAAGAUAUAUACGCGUACCAGUAUGUGCUGGCCGUGGGUGUCAUCGGGUGCGCCUACAAUCUGGUGGCGGCUUUGUUCGUGGCGAUCAACGUCGCCGGGGGGAGGAAGAUGAUCGGCGGCGGCGAGGCCGGCACCGUGCUCCUCAUCUGCGCCGACGUCGUGUGCGCUGUGCUGGUCGCCACGGGAGGGGCGGCGGGCUUGGGUAUAACGGUGGAGGCCCAGCGGCAGAUUGGCAAAUCCUUGGAUUCAGUCUCCAAGACAUUCUUCAUCAGGGUUGACAUCUCCUGCGGCGCGCUGUUGCUCGCAUCCCUCUGCCUCGUGUUCAUCGUCAUGCUAUCCUCUUUCUCACUCACCAAGUAG